UUGUCACUUGCUAGUUCUUUACAUUUUAACAUAGGUAUUGCCACAUAGGUAAGCAUCUAACCUAAAUCAAUUAAAUUGGAGUAGUGACAUUAUUUUUUUGGCCCUGAGUAGCUGGCAUUAUAGGUAAGUCAAUAGAUUUACCCUUAAUUCACCGUAUGAUUUUAUCACUUAACACAAUGCUCCACAUGCAAGCUCAGAAUGGAUGUUGUCCUGUCACAUGGGCUAACCCACAGCUCAUCAGUCUCAGUCAACCUCCCCUGGGUUGUGUGCAUCACCAGCUUCAAGCAACCUCCCCUGGGCUGCAGACCAACAGGCUUGAUAUAAAAUGUGGCCUGGGCUCUGAUAUCAUGAAAUUGUGAAAAAGAGAUGGAGACAAGAUAUGUACUUAGGGUUAAUACAACAUUGGAGAAUCACUUAGCAUUUAUGUUUAAAUUUUCAGGCCUUGAGCACUGCUGAGAUGGUUGCUGAUAUGGUACUGGGUAACACUCCUCAUGUAGACAGAGCUCCGUAUUCUGUUCAAGGCCGAUGUUGCUUGUUUAAUGUGUGCUGAAGAGGGAAUUCUGAGGAACAAUCAUCAUGGAUAUGUUUUUCGACUAAAUAUUUAGCAGCUGAUGUUAUAAAAUUAGCUUGAUCUCAGAAGUUAGAGCUAAAUACUGAAUUGUGCUGCUAAUUAACUGCAGCACUGGAGACAAUCAUAGCGUUUAGGGGGUACAUCUAUGGGUGGUUUUAUUUUAUUUCAACUACCAACCUUUUGCCAUGCUUACUUCCUAUAAAUACUUGUAUAAUUUGUUCUGAACAUAUUUGCAAGAUUCAUCAAUCUGUCCUUGUUAUGAAAACUUGAAAUGUUACAGACUGUUGGCUAUCCAAAAUUUUUC